UGGCCAGGUAUGUCCGCGGAAGUGGCCCAGUGGUGCCAGGCAUGCAAACGGUGCCAAAUGGCUAAGGAUAAUCAGCCGGUUGCCCACAGUUUCAUGGGUCACUUGCUGGCGUCACGGCCAAACGAGAUUCGCCAUAAGAUCCAGGAUCAGUGGGCCCCAGAGGUGUAUUGUAUUGUAAGGGCACCAAACGGAGGAGGGCCAGUCUACACCAUUGCUGCUGAGAAUGAUCCCACCAAGACUAGGCAGGUCCAUCGGUCUCUUUUGAAACCAGUAGUAGGAGGUGAUUCGCCAGGUGGCGCCGCUAGUCCUGCGUUACCCCCUCCUCGGCGGCCUCAAGUAGAGGAGGAGUCCUCAUUUGACGGCGACUUGUUGGUUUCGUUACCGCCAGACUGCUUGUCAGCUCCUCCACGAGCAGCAGCAGUGAUUCCGACCACCUCUCAGCCGUUGCCGUCCCAGCCAACCCCAGGCUCAUCUUCAGGGCCAGCCUCAUCAGUCGAUGGUGCUUUGGCAGCCAGUAGUAGUCUUCCUCCCCAUGGGGUGGAGGAACCUCUUGCGCGGCGCACUGCCCUGGUGUUAAAAUUGAAAAUCCAUCAUCGGGACGAUGAUUCAACUGGUGGGGGCCGAUUGUAG